AUGAUCAAUCUCACCAAAGAUGCAAUCGUUGCAAUAAAUUCUGAAAAUCCAGCAUCGCUGCCUGCAGGCCAGAACCCAGUAGUACAGGUGUUGCAGGUUAAGAAAGCAACAGCAAGCCAGCCAAAUGCACCAGAUAGAUACAGGAUGGUACUCAGUGAUGGAGUAUUCUACAUGCAAGCGAUGCUUGGUACACAGCUCAACCAUCUCCCGGAGCAAGAAGUUCUUGUAAAGAACAGCGUGAUUAGAAUGACUAAUUAUGCUGUUAAUACUGUCCAGAAUAGAUUGCUCGUUAUUGCGUUGCAGGUUGAUAUUCUCGAAUCCUCACAUGAGAAGAUUGGCUCUCCUCAGAAUUACGAUCCAGCCAAGGCACAGGUGCAGCCACAGGGACAAUCACAUCAACAGCCUCAAACCACCGACAACAAACCUACAAUCGCACCUCCUCAAUCCAAGGGACCCUCCUCUCAAGCACCCGUAUAUCCCAUUGAGGGUCUUUCGCCAUACCAGAACAAGUGGACUAUCAAAGCCCGCGUUACCCAGAGAUCUGACAUCAAAUUCUGGUCAAAUCAGCGCGGAGAGGGAAAGCUUUUUAGCGUAAACUUGAUGGACGAGACUGGUGAAAUCCGUGCAACCGGUUUCAACGAAUCUGUCGAUGAAUUUUACUCAAUGCUCGAGGAAGGUAAGGUAUUCUUCAUCACCAAAGCUCGAGUACAGAUCGCGAAGAAACAAUUCAGCAAUUUACAAAACGAAUAUGAAAUAACAUUCGAUAAAUCAACUCAAAUUGAACCUUGUUUCGACACCUCCGAUGUCCCUGACGUCAAAUACAACUUCACUGAGCUUCAGAAUCUAGAAAACCUUGAAGCAAAUUCUAUCACUGAUGUGCUUGGUGUUGUUACUAGUGUCGAUGAUGCUUCUCAAAUUAUCAGCAAAUCUACCCAAAAACCAUACACUAAGAGAGAGCUCCAGAUUGUUGACCGGUCUCAACAGUCUGUCAGACUGACCCUGUGGGGAAAGUUGGCAGAGACUUUCGAUCAGACUAAUGAACCAGUGAUUGCGUUUAAAGGUGUCAAAGUAGGUGACUUUGGGGGUAGAUCUCUUUCGAUGGUUGGCGCAUCCACCCUAUUCGUCAAUCCAGACAUAGCUGAAGCGCACACGCUAAGGGGAUGGUAUGACCAGCAAGGUAAAAAUGAACAGUUCAGUACAUUCAACAGCUCUAGUGCAGCCGUCAAGCCUGAGAGCAGUGGUGCUGUUAACUCUAACGAAAUUAAGACUCUCGAUCAAGUCAAACAAUCACAACUAGGGCUCAACGACACGGGUAAACCUGAUUAUUGGAGUGGUAAAGCUACUGUAACAUACAUCAAGAAAGACAACCUUACAUACCCUAGCUGUCCUAACGACAUGAAAAAAGUUACGCAAGACAUGAACGACAAAUGGAGAUGUGAGAAGUGUGAAUCAUCCUUCGAUGCGCCUGAAUAUAGAUAUAUAGUUACGUGCAACGCCACUGAUCAUACUGGACAACUCUGGCUCAGUGGUUUCAAUGAUUUUGGUCUUGAGUUGUUCAAGAUGCCGGCAAACGAUCUCCAAGCUAUGAUGAACAACGGCGAUGAAGCUGCUUAUGAAGCUACUGUCAAGAACGCACUCGGUUCAACUUAUAACUUCAACUGCCGCGCUAAACAGGAUAACUUUAACGAUAACGUUAGAGUUAGGCACCAAAUUAAUAGAGUCAAUAAUAUCAACUACAAAUCUGAUAUUGGUAGACUAUGCGACUCUAUCACAAAGCUUGAGGUGGCUUGA